AGCUCUGGCUUUGAUGACAGAAUCUAUCAGUCUAUUUCUAGUUCAAGAAGAAUCCCAGGCCAGCUCCACUCUCACACUUCAAAUUUCAAAUCCUCACUUUCCCUUUUUUGUUAGAUUCAUAGCUAAUACUUACAAAGUUUUAGAACUUGACAAAGGGUUCCAAUUUGUUUUUUUUUUUUUGGGUUCUUUUUCCCUGAGAAAAAGGCAAAUGCUUUUGGCUUGAAGAUUGUUGGAACUUCCUUUCCUUGUUUUCUACACGAUGAGAGAAGAAAACCCAUCAGAGAACAGAGCCAAAGCUUCAAAAUUUGCAGAUCAAAAUCAAGCACCAAGGUCUCAUAACACGAAAACUACUAUCCAUCAAUCGAAACCCAAGUCUUCAUGGGGUUCACACAUUGUGAAGGGCUUCACAGCUGACAAGAAAACAAAGGUUCAAACCAUCACGGUCCCAACCAGGAAAGAGACUAUAUCAAAUUCUGAUGCGGGAAACCAAAAGAACCCAUCUUUGGCUUCUCAUUCUAGAGUUAAAAGGUCACUCAUUAGUGAUUUAGCUUGCUCGGUUAAUGCAAACCAAGUUCACCCUCAAGUGUACCAAACUCACCGGAGACAGUCCUCGGGUUCUCGUGAUUUGUUCAUUGAAUUAGACCAUGCUAGGAGCCUUCUUCAGGAAUCGAAAGGAAGGGAGCUUAAGCUGCAAGCUGAGCUUGCAGAAUGGAAAACAAAUGCUAAAGUUUUGGAUCUUGAAAGGCAGCUGGAAAGAAGGAACAGUGAGGUAGAUGAUCUUUCACACAGAGUUGGGCUGUUGGAGUCUGAGAAGACCAGCUUAUAUGAGCAAGUGGCAACUUUGAGUUCCAUUUUGGAAAGCAAUGAGGACAAUUUGGAAAUUUCAAAGGAACCACAAUCAAUUAGGAAUCUUGAAAUGGAAGUUGUGGAGUUGAGGAGGUUGAACAAGGAGUUACAGCUGCAAAAGAGGAACCUUGCUUGCAAGCUUUCUUCUUUGGAGUCCCAGUUGGCUUCUCUUGCCAAAGCUAAUGAGAGUGAUGUUGUUGCAAAAAUUAAAGCUGAGGCGUCAACGUUAAGACACAUCAAUGAGAACCUGAGUAAACAAGUAGAAGGUCUACAAAUGAGCCGCUUGAAUGAGGUUGAGGAGCUUGCAUACUUGAGGUGGGUUAAUUCGUGCUUACGGGAUGAAUUACGAAAUUCAUGCUCAACAAUGAAUUUUGAUAAAACAUUUAGUCCAGUUCAAAGCAAGGGUGAAUAUGUUGACACACCAAACUCUUUAAGCAGUAAGAGCUCAGAAUACAGUAGUGUAAUGAGAUUAAGUUUAAUUAAAAAGCUUAAAAAAUGGCCUAUGACUAGCCAGGAUUUUUCAAGUACAGAAUGUUUAGCUAAUCUUGUGGAUAAGGAUUGGACGCAUUUAGAGGAGGGGAGAAGUCCUGGAAGAAGACAUUCUAUAAGUGGAUUGAAAUGUUAUGUAGAAGAGUUAAUACCAAAUAAGAGAAGGCAAUCUGAUGGUUUUACGUGUACAAAAGAAGUGGAAAAGGAAGCAGAGCCACUGAGUUCUCAAAAGUAUGGUUCAGUUCAAAGAAUGCAGUUCUUUGGAAAUUGCCAAGAGACUAAUAAGCCUGCAGCUUCCUUAGAUGUUGAGAAAAGGGCUUUGCGAAUUCCAAAUCCUCCUCCCAGACCUUCCUGUUCAAUUUCAAAUGGACCUAAAGAGGAAAGUUCUACACAAAUUCCACCUCCUCCACCACCACCACCUCCUCCCCCUCCAAAGUUUUCAGUGAGAAAUGGUGCAGGACUCGUGCAGCGAGCCCCACAAGUAGUUGAGUUUUAUCAUUCACUCAUGAAGAGGGAUUCUCGAAAGGAUUCUACAAAUGGAGGAAUAUGUGAUGUGCCAGAUGUUGCAAAUGUCCGUAGCAGCAUGAUCGGUGAAAUUGAGAACAGAUCAUCACAUUUGCUUGCUAUAAAGGCAGAUGUCGAAACUCAAGGAGAAUUUGUGAAUUCAUUGAUAAGAGAAGUCAAUAAUGCUGUUUAUCAGAACAUUGAAGAUGUAGUGGCAUUUGUGAAGUGGCUUGAUGAUGAACUUUGCUAUCUGGUUGAUGAAAGGGCGGUCUUAAAGCACUUUGCCUGGCCAGAGAAAAAAGCUGACACAUUGCGAGAAGCAGCAUUUGGGUAUCGAGAUCUCAAGAAAUUGGAGUCUGAGGUCUUAUACUACAAGGAUGAUUCCAGAAUGCCUUGUGAUAUUGCCUUAAAGAAAAUGGUUGCUUUGUCUGAGAAGAUGGAGCGCACUGUUUAUAACCUCCUCCGUACAAGAGAGUCAUUGAUGCGUAACUGCAAGGAAUUCCAAAUUCCCACAGACUGGAUGCUUGACAAUGGGAUUUUAAGCAAGAUUAAGCUUGGAUCAGUAAAAUUGGCAAAGAAGUACAUGAAAAGGGUAGCCAUGGAACUGCAGUUGAAGGCAACUCUGGAAAAGGAUCCUUCAAUGGACUAUAUGCUCCUUCAAGGAGUGAGAUUUGCUUUCAGAAUACAUCAGUUUGCAGGAGGCUUUGAUUCUGAAACAAUGCAUGCAUUCGAGGAACUCCGAAACCUGGCCAACCUCCUUAACAAGAAGUAAAACGGAGAUACACUUUUUUUUUGUUCUUUCUUUGGGGCAGGGCAUGGAGGUUGUUGUUGGAACUAUCUUUUUGCUUACCAUCUCAGUAAGCUUAAGCAGAAAGGAAGAGUUUUGUGUGUGGAAAUGGAAGAGUUUUGAUUUGAGUUUAUGCUCAUUUUGAAGAGACUACGUGUGAAAUGCACUAUGCUUGGUCAA